AACUACCUCACGUUGUGAAGAUAUUUUAUUGUUCUUUCGUUCACUUCAAGCAACCAUUAUCCUGGUUUAAAUACAUUUAAAAUGUCGAUCAGAAAGUGUUAACAAAGUUUUGAUCGUUUUUGUUAAGUUCGUGAACAGUUUAUAUUUUCAAAAAAGAGAAGUUCCAUUGCAGUUUCUUUAAUAAUGGCAAACGAGUAGACGCAUCACCUAAUGGUAAGCGAGCAGCGCCGCCCAUGGACACCCGCAACAUCAGAGGCGUCACAGGUAAAGAGUCGGAAAGUAAAGAAACCAUCAUCAUCUAGCUCCAAAGCGCCCAGACCGAGACGCGGAAGACCAACCGGUCAAAUAUGGAAUCGGGAAAGAUCAAUUUGGAGAAGGGCCAGAACCAGGAACCUGCACCUGCACCUGCACCUGUACCUAAACCUUCGACAUCGAAAGGUUCAAGUACAGGUUCCAAAGCGCCCAGACCGAGGCGCGGCAGACCAACCGGUGCAAACCGGACCCCUCUCUCCCUGGAAGAACGGCGCGCAAGAAAUGCGCAGUACGAAAGGGAGAGGAGGGAGGAUUUAGCCCAGGCCCAGGCUGAGCUAGCUGAGGCCGCUGGGUGCGACCCAAAUGUAUCGGAGGCCGACUUGUUGGCAUUUGUAGUGAAUAAGUUGAGUGCAGACAAAUUAGAAAAAAAGCAGAGCAUUGAAGAAUACAGGCGGUUAAACGCCAAGUUAGAGGCACACAUUGCCAGUUGUAUCCUGCGGUUGGGCCCGGACUAUGUUGAUAGUGAUGAUGAUGAGGAGGUGCAGCUGGAAGAGCCCAAUACUCGGAAACGUAAAUCGGAUGAGACGAUUGGUGAUGAAAAACGUUUGCGCCGCAGUGGGAAGCAAAUCCCAGCCAGUUGGAUCUCACCCACUGACCUGGCUGAAGCUGGGCCUUCCUCACUAUCACCACCGGUACAGCAAGAUACAAUAGAGCAAGUCUUAGCUGACUUGGAUGAUUUCUCACAACUGGAGACGUCAGAUAACGAUCAACUGGCACCGCCAGUAACAGAGUCCCCGUCACAGGACCAGUACUUCGCUUCUGAACAAUACUUGCUUCCACCGUCACUACCUGGUGGAAGUGAGCAGCAGCAGCAGCAGCCAGAUCAGCUUCAGCAACAACAGCAGCAGCAGGAAGAUUUACUUGGAGAAAUCUUAGAUUACUUGGGUAUUUCCUCAGCAGAGAGCCAGUCAGCACUAGAGCGGGCACCCAACGCUCAGUCGUCACUACUGGCGACGGCAGAAACAGAGUGCCCGCCGCCGUACCAGUACAUCCCGCCACAGCAGUACUUGCUCCCACCGCCGUCAGUACCAGUCCAGCAGCCAGAGUCAGAUAUAGACCUGACUCAAAUUUAUUCUCCAGAAGAGUUGGAACGACUUUACAACGCCAUAGACCAAUUUAUAUGAAGAAUACGAAGCUCUGUUGGAUGUGCUUCGUAGAAGACAGGCAUCGUUCUCCGGCUAGUUUAUGACGGCUGGCUGGAGUGAAUAACUCGCUGGCUGGCUGGAAUAAAUAUUCUCGCCUCCUGCUUGCCUUUGCUGGCCGGGCAGAGUAGUAAUGCGGGAAACAUUGAGUUGUAUUAACAUAGAUAUGUAUAGUGUGAA